UCCCAGAAUGUUCUCUCCGAAGAUGCAGGAUUAUGUGUUUGGUUUGCUUUCUUUGAUUUGCAGUCUCAAAGGCCUAUCUUGUACACCAUGGACCAUGAAAGUACAGGAUCAGGUCAAUGGCACAUUGGGACAAAAUGUGAUUCUACCCUGCAUCUUCACACACCCAAAACAAAAUAGUUACACCGGUGACAUCAAUAUUAAAUGGAUGCAGGGCAAAAUACAUGAACCCAUUGUUCAGUGCACAUUUUAUAACAAGACAAAAGGACAAGACGGUAAAUGUAUUUAUUCAACAUCUUCAGAGCGACUCUUGCUUCAAGGUAACCACAGAAAUGGAGACAUUUCCUUAAGCAUCAAUAAUUUACAGUUUACUGAUGCCUCACAGUACACUUGUAGGGUGGAGCUGGAUUAUAAUCAAUUUAAUAAACACACAACGCUUAAUGUCAAUGCUCCAGCACAAAUUCUUAGCCUAUGCCUGGAUUUAGAUGUUCUGAAGGUGAGAUGCAUUGCCCAAGGGAAUCCAAUUCCAGAAGUAAAAUGGACCUCGUCAUCUGGACCGCUAGAACACUUUCCAAUCAAAACUGUCCACAGAGUCAUCAGCUCAGUUCCAUUCUCUGACCAGGACAUGUACACUUGCCAAGCUGUGAACUCGCUGGGCCAGGAUCAGAUAACAUUUCCACCAAACCAAAAUUCAAGUCUAAGUCUUUCGUUGAUGACUGGCAUUCUUGGGUGUUUGCUGUUGCUUGGGCUUGUAGCGUUCAUUUUGAAUGUGGUGAGAAGAAGACAAAGUGCACAGAGAGUCAUGCUACAGGAUAUGGGUGUACAGAGGGUUAAAACCUCUAUAUAUCAAGCUAAUGAGACAGUUUAUGCCAAUAUCAGCACUUGUCCAGCUGGUGAAACUAGACAAGUUGAUGUGUACUCAACAGGGGCACUGAGAGAGGAGGGAAAGGAGGAAAUGAUUCCCAGGGCCCAAAAAAAUCGGCCCUCGAGACCUCCAGGACCCCCACCAGUCAUUGGCGAAAAGUGA